GGCAGAGCUUCGCGAGGGCGACAGUCGACUGCUGUGAGUGCUCUCGGAGAGGCCCAGGCGGCGGCGGUUCCUCUCGGGUUACGGUGAAGAAUGUCAGCCACUAGCGUGGAUCAGAGACCUAAAGGGCAAGGAAAUAAAGGUUAGAAAAACAUCCAUCGCACCUAACAGCCAACAUUUGCAUAGUUCCUGUGUUCGAAGCUACGUUUGUAGAACCCGAAGUACUAAGGAAGAAACAGCUGUCUUGGUUGUAUUUCAGUGAACGUAAUGUUACUUCUUCAGUUUACCAUUUUAUGUUUGUUACAUAACUUAGGUCAUACUUUUUUCUACAUUUGUGUACAGUUAGAUAAGUUUUUAAAGUGUCUGGAUUAUAUUUGAACUUGGCAGAUCACAUGGCGUUCUAUGUCACAUUGGUGAAAAUCACGCCCUUAAUCACAGAUUCCAUAGAAGUUGCUUUCAAGGAGGCAACAACAGUAUAGAACUUGUAACAAGUAUGUAACUUAGUGGAUGGCUCUGAUUGGAAGGUGUGUCUCAAUCUGGUUACUUACAAAAGCCUGAGAAGGAAAUUUUUUGUGCAGUUAUUGCUAGUAUUAUAUGAUUUGCUAUUUAAAAACCACCAUUAAAAGUAAGGCAGCUAAAACAUAAAUGUAGUUUUUUGUAUUUUUGCUUGUGGAACAAAGUUGUCAGCUGACUGAAACAUGACAUUAACAUGUGAUUAGUGUAGAACAAUAACUCCUUUCUUGAGGUGGUGCCAAUUAAAGAACAUUACAAUGAGCUAUAUAUUUGUUAACGUUUUUUCUAGUGCGGGAAAUGACACUAAAUACAGUUACCCUUCCUUUUUUUGUUUGUUUUUUGUUUGUUUGGGUUUUUUUUUCUUUCCCCAGUAAUCAAGUACUACUUAAAAAAUAAGAUCUUAAUAGCCCUUUUGGUGUAGGUUUCAUGUUUCUACUGAUGCUUUUAAUAUUUUUUUCAAGGUUUCUACGUGGCAAGGGCAGUUAAUUAGAAAUAAUAGUGCUCUACCCAGAAUAACUUUCUUCUUGAAACACUACAUUUUAUAUAAGAAUUUAUAUAUAUACUAAAUACAUUGUAGUGUGUUAGCUAAUAAACUUUAUUUUAAUUAGCGUUUUAGCAUGUGAACAUUUGGGAAUUUUUAAUUCAUAGAAUUCGUUUAUUUUAGUUAUAACUGUAAACUUCAGAAUUACAGGUUAAUUUAAAAUUAGUUAUUAAACAUUUGUAAGUUUAAGAGGAAUUUUUUUUCUUUUCCUUUUUUUGGCUAAUCUGAGAUCAUCUGAAAUUUCUGGUCAUUAUUGCCUAGUAUAAACUAUUUUAUUCUAGAACUAUGGCACUUUGCAAGGCUGUUUGAAAUGCUAAGUAUUUUAUGUUACCUGUUUUAAGGUAAGUGACGGCUAUGAAGUUGUUUUUUUUUUUGUUUUUUGUUUUUUUUUUUUUUUUUUUGAUAAAACAAAGUAGAUCAUCCAGAUUGGGUAUUAUAAACUAGUUCUGUAGUUCUGUAUUACCACACUUUUGGUUCCUUGAGACUCACUUCAUUUUGGUAUGACUUAUUGAUCUGUCUGCUGAUAUACUUAUAAAUCAGCUGAUAGAGACUAGCUAGCUAUAGAUUGCAUCACUCUCUGCUUAAAUUUUACAGGUGAGAAUUUUAGAUUGUUAGUAUCGCUUCUGUUGUUUUAGAUACCCACACAAGUUAUUUUUUGAAUAGUUUUUUUUCCUGCAAAUUUUCCUUUAUUUUAUAACUUUUUAAUAAUUUUAUCCUAGAAUGAAGAUUAUAGACUGGGAUUUUGUUUUGUAGUCCUGUUCCAGUACCAUAUGGAGCUACUGAUUUACUAAGUCUGUUAUACAUUUUUGUUACAGUUUCUCUUUUGUAAACAAAAUAACUAAAUUUUGAUAAUAGAGGGAUUAUUAUAAUUGCAAUAGCUUUUUGCUCUAGUUGCUGUUUUUUCAAUUAUUUCUUAUCCUCUUGUGAGGAGGAGAAGGAAAGCUACUUUUGGCUUAAAAUGAUAGAAACCAUAAUAACCUUACACAUACAUUACAAGCCAAGUCACAGCUACUAGCAAGUGGCUGUUAGGAACUUUUGUGUGUUUUUGAAAAACUUCUGCCUUAGUUUACUUAAUUUUAAGUUAGUGAAAUUAUGUUAUUGUGAGUCUGUAUACUGAUACCAGGCAGAAAAUAUAGGGUAUUUUUUUCUUUUUGCUUUACAAAAAGAUAAGAUUUGUAAUUUUGAAUUUAGAGCUUAAGAGCUUUAUGUUCCUAAGAAAUUGAUAUGAGUUAAAAUUUUGAAACUAGUUGACUUAAUAUGACUUCUGACAUGCCCUGUUUUCUGAAUUACUGGUUGACAUUGUUAGCCUAACACCCUGCUUUAUUGUCUAUUUUUCUGCAAAAUAUUUUCAAGCAUAUUCCUCAGCCUUAUUACAAUAAAGGAAUGAAAAGGAGUUCCGUCAGUUUAUUUGUGAAUGCAAAAAUGCUUCUGAAGUAUAAUUCUUGACUUUUGGUAUACAUUUUUUACAUAUUUAAUUCUUGAUUUUUUGGGUUUUUUGACCAAAUAUUUUUCUUAUGUGAAAUGUCACAAGUGCUUAUUUUUCUUGGCCAGAUAGUAUGAAAGGAUAUUGGUUAAAAUUAAUAAGUAAGAAUGGGUAGAAUAAAUAAGGAUAAUUAUUUGUUGGUUGAUAAUUUUCUUUGUUAACAAGAACUUUUGCUGUGUCUUCAUUUGUAUGUCAGAUGUUCUCUUGGGCUUCCCUCUGUCCUUUCUUUUGUCCUCUAAGUUUAUGUAAGUAAGCAACACAUAGAUGCAGUUUCCUUUCUCCUCCUUUUUCUUUCUGUAGGAGGGACACACACCUUUUCUACAACUGGAGUUUAAAAGAAUUAGGUGGAAGUUGUUUGUUUGAAUGUUUCAGAAAGGUGGGAAAACAUGAUGCACACAUCUGUUGACUUUCCUAACUUGAUGUAGUCAGGACCAGAGCAGAGAACCACCUGGCUUCUAAGGCCCAUGUUCUAUCUUGAUUUGACUUUGCUUCAUAGGGCAGAGGAAACAGGCGAAGAAUCAUUUUCAGUACAAAAUGGUUCGAUUCAUCAAAAAGAUGCUGUAAAUGAUGAUGAUUUUGAGCCAUACUUAAGUAGCCAGACAAAUCAGAAUAACAGCUAUCCACCAAUGUCAGAUCCAUAUAUGCCUAGUUACUAUGCUCCAUCCAUUGGAUUUCCAUAUUCUCUUGGGGAAGCAGCAUGGUCCACGGCUGGAGAUCAGCCCAUGCCAUAUCUGACAACCUAUGGACAAAUGAGUAAUGGAGAACAUCAUUACAUACCAGAUGGUGUUUUUAGUCAACCAGGGGCAUUAGGAAAUACCCCUCCAUUUCUUGGUCAACAUGGAUUUAACUUUUUUCCUGGUAAUGCUGAUUUCUCUACAUGGGGAACAAGUGGAUCUCAGGGACAAUCAACACAAAAUUCUGCUUAUAGUAGCAGUUACGGCUAUCCACCUAGUUCUCUUGGGAGAGCUAUUACUGAUGGACAGGCCGGAUUUGGCAAUGAUACUUUGAGUAAGGUGCCUGGCAUUAGUAGUAUUGAGCAAGGCAUGACUGGACUGAAAAUUGGUGGUGACCUGACAGCUGCAGUGACAAAAACUGUAGGUACAGCCUUGAGCAGCAGUGGUAUGACUAGCAUUGCAACCAAUAAUGUGCCCCCUGUUAGCAGUGCAGCACCUAAACCAACUUCUUGGGCUGCUAUUGCCAGAAAGCCUGCAAAACCUCAACCGAAACUUAAACCCAAGGGCAGUGUGGGAAUUGGGGGUUCUGCUGUGCCACCACCUCCUAUAAAACACAAUAUGAAUAUUGGAACUUGGGAUGAAAAGGGGUCAGUGGUAAAGGCUCCACCAACCCAACCAGUUCUGCCUCCUCAAACUAUAAUCCAGCAGCCUCAGCCAUUAAUUCAACCACCACCAUUGGUGCAAAGCCAACUGCCUCAACAGCAGCCUCAGCCACCACAACCACAGCAGCAACAAGGACCUCAGCCACAGGCCCAGCCUCACCAAGUGCAGUCUCAACAGCCACAGUUGCAGAAUCGUUGGGUAGCUCCUCGGAAUAGGGGAACCGGCUUCAACCAGAACAAUGGAACAGGCAGUGAAAACUUUGGUUUAGGUGUUGUACCUGUUAGUGCUUCACCUUCUAGUGUAGAGGUGCAUCCAGUGCUGGAAAAACUAAAGGCCAUAAACAAUUAUAAUCCCAAAGACUUUGAUUGGAACCUGAAGAAUGGACGUGUGUUUAUAAUUAAGAGCUAUUCUGAGGAUGAUAUACACCGUUCCAUCAAGUACUCUAUCUGGUGUAGUACUGAGCAUGGUAAUAAGCGUUUGGAUGCAGCUUACCGUUCCCUGAAUGGGAAAGGCCCACUCUAUUUGCUCUUCAGUGUGAAUGGCAGUGGACAUUUUUGUGGAGUGGCUGAAAUGAAGUCUGUUGUAGACUAUAAUGCUUAUGCUGGUGUUUGGUCUCAGGAUAAAUGGAAGGGCAAAUUUGAAGUUAAAUGGAUCUUUGUCAAAGAUGUUCCCAAUAACCAAUUACGACAUAUUCGCUUAGAAAAUAAUGACAACAAACCAGUAACCAAUUCAAGAGACACUCAAGAAGUACCCCUAGAAAAAGCAAAGCAAGUGCUUAAAAUAAUUGCUACUUUCAAGCACACCACCUCAAUCUUUGAUGACUUUGCACAUUAUGAAAAGCGUCAAGAGGAGGAGGAAGCCAUGCGAAGGGUAAGAAAGAAUUCAGUAAUUUUUGUGUAAGAAUUCUUCCUCAUGGGAAGAGUGUAUGGAAUGGUAUCCCUUUAUACUUGUUACAGUCUGUGAAUCAACAGUUUAAGAAACAGAACUCUAAUCCCCUCUCUCUUGCCUUUCUACUGAUCUUAAAUGUUAGCUUGCAGAAAAAAUACACUUAAAGUUUGAAGCACUAUUUUCAAAUGUUUGAUGUUGCUUUGUUUUAUUAAAAAAGUAGUCUGAGUGUGAAUGAGUAUAUGCAUGGUUUACAAAAUAUAGUAUAUAAUUUAUAGGACCAUAGCAAGUGUAAGGAAAUAGAGUAAAAGUUUGACAUUUGGAAGGGACAUAGAUUUGUUAGGGCAUGUUUUUUUAAAAUUAAAUCUGUUGCAUUUGAUUGUCUCACAUUAAAGUGCCUUCUGUGAGUAUGAGACUUGGAGAAACUUCCUGAAUUUAUAUAUAUUUGCAUAAGAUUGGUCUCUAGAUAAGGCUGACUUGAGUUACUUUCUUCAGAACUGCAGCUUCAGUUUCGAAGAAAUUUAACAAGAAUGGGGAAAGUAGGAAAUGAAUAGGGUUUUUCAUACUCAGUAAACACAUUUCCUUUGAAAACAGGCAAGAGUAAAUACCAUCUACUAUGGAAAUACUUGUGGGGAAAUUAAUCUUAAGGUGUACACUUGUCUUCAUGAAAAAAUGACAGUGAUUCAUUUCUUUUUAUGAACUCAAAUAUUGUAUGACUUCAUAUAUGUGCAGCAGAAGAAAUUGCUUCAGUUAACAUUGAGUACUGUGGUGAAUUCUGCUCAACUAAGGAUCUCCAGUAAUUAGUUUCCAAACCUUAGGGCUCAGAAGAAUUGGAGUGUUUGUGAAACACACUUCUUUAUGUAUUUAGUAAAGGAUUUUAGCUACAUUUCUAACAAGCACCCUAGGCAAUUCUGGUGCUAGUCUUACAAUGCUGGACUGCCAGAAACUGCUUUGGCGUGAUGUAGACUGCUAUUUGCACCUCAGUGGACUUGAUGAAAUGAAUUACUAAAUAUAGAGUUUUCUCGAAGUUAAAUGUGGGAAGUGAGGAAAAUAGGAGGAUCAGAAAUUGCCAGUGAGUCUUCAGCUUAGCAGUUAAAUAGUCAGAUUGUAAUUGUCAUAAGACAGUGGAUUGGGAGAAUAGUUUGGAAGGUGGAUGGUAUGAUGCAGGGAUAGAUGUGUUUUGGGGAUAUGUUUUAUUUUAAGAUUUUUGAGAAAUACAGGUAGGAACAUCCUUGAUUUUAUUUUAUUUUUUUAAAGACCGUUGAUAGGCAUGAGAGUCAGAUUUGGGGCCUUUUGUUUUUAAUAGCUGAAUCUGUUGAAAUGGGAUAAGAUUUUCUAGGAGAAAAGAUAGGGCCAGAAAAUAACUUAGAAGCCUUUUCUUUUUUCUACCACCAAUAUCUCUUUCCUACUUAGUCUGAAAAUUUAUAGUUUUGACUUUUAUUAAUUUUUGUUUUUUAAUAUAUUUUUUCUUCACUAAUAUUUAUGACAGAUGUGUUAUACCUACCUCUCGUAAUAUAUACAACAGAAAGAGAAACAGUGAGAGAAACUUUAAUUUUUUACCUUCGUAUUGUUUCAUCAUUUCCUACAUCUUUAUUUUGAAUUCAUAUAUCAGUAUUUUAGUAAGGAUAAUUUAAUGAUGAAUUUUUUUAAAGCCCUUCUAAUUAAAAGUGAGCAAAUUCUUUUAGUCAGUAAUAUACAUGAACAGUUUUGUUGGCUGUAUGAGUGUUUACUACUAUGUCUGUUAAGCAGAACAGUAACUGUAGGCUCUCCUCUAGGGCCUAUGACUAUCUAGGACCAGAUUCCUGGCCCUGGUAAUGGUGUCAGGUAUUGCUUUGCAAAAAACUUGGUUUACAAUUGUAUACACUGAAUCCAACCUUUGCUUUAAUAUUUUGAACACUUUAUAAUGGGUAAAAUCUUCUAUGUUUAUCUCCUUGCCAUUGGUUAUUUUUUUUUUUUUUAACUGAGUUUUCCCCAUUCCUGGCAAUGUGAGUUCUCCUGUUUGCUUUUUCAGGCAACAAGAUUUCUGUGGAGGAGCCAUAUAAAGUUUAGGAUGUUAGGAUCUCUAUUUCAAAUGAAAGGUUUCAAGGGAAUGUGAAGUUGUGAGAGAAAUCAAUGCUAGUCAGUAUUUGUGUAGGUACUCUCUUGGACACAUUCUUAGAUUUGAACAGACAGUUUUCAUUAUAUUUGAGUAAAAUGAAGUUUCAUGAAACAACCAACAUUUAAAAAGGAAUAGGAUAAUUCAGGAAUCAAAAGAUGUAUAAGAUAUAAAACAGAAGCCUCACCUCAUGUAGUGGUUCAUGCUUUUAAUUCCAGCACUCAGUAGGAAUAGGCAGGUGAUACCUGGGUUUGGGAUGAGUCUGGUCUACGUACCUAGUGAGUUCUAGGACAGCUGGCACUAUGUAGAGACCCUUUAAAAGCAUACAGCUGUAUACAUACAUACAUACAUACAUACAUACAUACAUACAUACAACUGUAUACUUACAUAUAUACAUACAUAUUUACAUACACACACAUAUAAAACAGUUUGUCUAGUAGGAAGGAUUUCCAUUCCUAUGUAAUUGGAGCAGAAUACUAAAAAGUUAUUGAAAAAUUAAAACAAGUUUAUCAGAUUAAAAAAAUGUGAGCAAGCAGAUUAAUGGGAAUAUACUUAUACUCUUGUGUUAGAGCUUGAUGACGUUUUAGAAGUUCAAAUUGACGAACUUAACCAAAUGCAGACUUAAUGGACUUGAAAAUACAAAAGGAAAAAGAUGUAAUGGAAAGAGAAGUGGUAUGAGUUUUUUAAGCACUAGGGGGAAAAAAAUGAAAGGGAAGGAUAAUUAUAGGAACCAUUUUCAGGAUCACAUGUUUUCAGAUUGAGUGGGCCUGCCUACCAAAUCAUUAUCAGGUUAGUAUAAAAUAAAACAAAGAACAGACAUGAAAGGAGAAAAUCUUUAAAUCUUCUAGAGCAAAAGACACUACUGAGGAAGGGUAAGCAAAAUAUUCAGAAAUGUCUUCUCUCUGGCUGUAGGUAUGAAAAGUGAAAUUGAGGCUUCUGAGAACUUAGCCUACAUAGUUCUUUUUUGUUUUUGCUGUUGUUUCUUUGUUUUUUGGGUGUUUUGUUGUUGUUGUUUUUUAAAGAAGGGGUAAAAGAGGCAUUUCAACUGAAAGAAAAAAGUUGAAGAAAUGCUGAUAAAUCCUGGUAGCUAUUGGUUAUAUUAGAAUAAAUAUCCCCCUACUCUCCCUCCUCCCCUACACAAUGAGGGUCUCAAUAUAUUUCUAAUUACAGGUUUGCUACUCAAGAGCAGAAGGAAUCUUUUUAAGCCUAACAAAAUGAGCACUUGAUUGGGAAGGUCUUGGCAGAGGGAGGAAUAUGGGAGGAAAAACAAACCUAUGGAUAAUCUUGGUUGAUACAGGGUAUUAGCUAGAGAACACAAGUAUUUGUUCUAUGUUCAUUUCUUAGUUAUUUAGAAAAAUGACUGUCACAUGGAUUUUAGUAGAUAGUGCCAAGUAUGUAAGGGUUCUAAAACAAUGGACGUCAACCUUCCUAAUGCUAUAUUGAAGGGUUCUUCAAUACAGUUCUUCAUGUUUUGCUGACCCAACUAUAAAAUUACUUUUCUUGCUGCUAUAAUUGGCCUACUGUUAUGAAUUAUAAUGUAAAUAACUGAUAGACAGGAUAUCUGAUAUGUAACCCCUACCCAAAGUGGUGGUGACCCACAGGUUGAGAACUACUGCCUUAAACAAUCUCUUGCAAAGUUUUAAUAUCUGGGAAUUUUUCUUCCUUAAUGGUCUAAUCUCUAUUUACUAGUUGUUCAAUAUUAAUAAUAGAUGCUACCUGUUGAUUUUUCUAUUUGUGCAUAUAGUAAGUUAUAAAAGUUCAGUUCUAGCUAAAUCAUUAGAUUCAGUGGGAGACACACAUUUUCUAUUUCUGAAGGAAACACAGUUUAUUGUUAAAUUUUAUGGUAAUUUAAAGAACAGUGCCUUUGGCAUAUUAUUUAAACCUCUGUGAUAUAACAUUAAAUUUGAUAAACAUCAAACUGUAGUAGGAAAUUAUAGUAUCCAAUUGAUGAAUCAAGAAUUUUAGUAGUAACAAAGUUAUAGUGAUAAGAUAGCAGCUGAAUUUAAAAUGGGGAUGUGAGAAGAGAGGAGAUUUUUCAAUCUUGAAUUCUAGGCAAGUGUUUACUCAGUCCCAGGAUCUUUAUUAUAACUUGCUUCCAGAAGAAUUGUUUGUAUGCACUGUCCCUCUGAGUAAGCUCAUGUCCUUGAGAAUGAGAAGAAAAUCAAGAAGACCUGAGUGUAUUUGUCCAGUAUAAAUUUUAGUUACACUCAUAGUAAUAACUGUGACUAUUUAGGUAAUCCUUAGAAAUUUUUCUGUCAUAGUGUUGAGUGAAUCAUCUAUUUUAUAUCCUUUAUAAUUUUACUUUUAUAAAUUCAAUUAAAUACAUCAGCAAACAAUUUGGUAUGAAGUUUUAGUAUUUUUUAAUUUAACCUGUAUAUUUUUAUGUGUGCUAGAAUUUGGCCUUUGUGUAUGCCUGUGUACAGUUACUGUGGAGGAGAGAAGAGGGACCAAAUUCCCUGGGACUGGAAUUCCAGAUGGUUUGAGAGACACCAUGUAGGUACCUGGAAUUUGAACCCAGAUCUUUUAGAAGAGCUCCUGUUCUUACCCCUGAACCAUCUUUCUACCUCCAGCUUUUAGUCUUAAUAGCUGGCCUAUUUUUGUUUUCUGUUGCUGUGACAGAGUAUCUUUUGAUUAACAUUUUGUGACAUUUUUUAAUCUCUCUCCUUUUCUUCUCUUUUCUUUUCUACUCCCUUCAGCUUGCGGUGGCUGUGUUAUAUUUCAAUGCUCCAUAAAAAGGAGCUUUCUAGAAACAAAUGACCUCUGUAGCUCAUCAGAUUAGUCCUAAGGCUUGGGGAAGAAAUUUCCUUCCUACUUUAAUUGUGAAUACAUAUUAAACCAAAGAAGAUUUCAAUUACUAAGUGUAUUGUUUUUAUCAGCAAAUUGAGGACCAUAUGUAUUGUGGGAUUUAUUUGUUUUUUAAGGUAGUGGCUCACUCUGAAGUUUCUUGUUACCUUAGACUUUGUAACUUGGCUUCUGCCUCCCAUGCAUAGGGUUAUAGGAAUGUGCCUUUGUCCUUUUCAUUUUUAUAAAUAAUAGAUUUCCUAACUUAUCAAAGAAAACAUUUUUCCUCCCAACUACCUCCCUUGAUCCUCUUCCCUACCCUCCUCUUUUUUCCUUCUCUCUCCCUCCCUGUCUCUGUCUGUAUGUUUGUGUGUGUCUCUCUCUCUCUCUCUCUCUCUCUCUCUCUCUCUUUCUCUCUCUCUCUCUCUCUCUCUCUCUCUCUCUCUCACUGGUUUUCCUGGAAUUCAAUCUGUAGACCAAGCUGGCCUGAAACUCAAGACAUUUAGCUGCCUUUGCCUCCCAAGUGCUGGUACCACUGCCUGGCCCAGAAAAUAUGAAAUUUUCAUGAAAAGGAAAUUAUGUAUGAUUCAUUUCUCCAGGUAAAUUGACCUUGUACUAAACCAAACUUCUUGGUUUUAGAGUAGUAUUUUUUUUUUCUUCCCCAUCUGAGGAAUAUUUCCUUUCUAUUUUUACCUCAGAAAUGGAUAGUGGUAAAGUUAGGGGAAAGCCUGCAGUUUCUUUUCCCUUGCAGUGCUGAUGGUUCACAGUACUUAGUGUAUUAGUUGUCUCUGGUUACCUAUAGCAUAAUAAAGUCAGUGGCUUAACACAUCUUGCAGGGUUUUUUCUUAGAAAUCAGAGCAGACUGACUGAAUUUUUAGUUUUAAAAUCUCUUACAAAGUGGCAGUCUGUGCUGAGCCUCGGGUAUCCUCUGAAGACUUGGUAUGAGAGAUUUGCUUUCAGAAUCAUGCCAUUUUUGGUAGAAUUUAGUUUAAGGCAUGCUGGACUGAGUGUCUUAUUUUGUGUCCUUCUGGCCAUAAGCAACUUGCUUCCAGACUGAAGAAGCAGUUUAUUGGUAGAGUGCCAGUCCAGCAUUCAAGAAACACUUCAUAAAACAAUGUGUAGUAGUUAGUAAUAGGUCUGUAAUCCCAGUAUUCAACAGGUAUCCAAUAAGGCAAAGGUAGGAUAAUCAUGAAUUUCAGGUUGUCCUUGGCUAUCUAAUGUUUUGAGGCCAGUCUGGCAUACACAACACCUGGUUUCAAAAAAGAAAAACAAA